AUGGUCAGGGCAAUGGGCACAUACGACGCCAACAAUGUGACGGUGAACCACGACUACCCCGUCGCCUUCCAGGAGGCCUUUGCCGAGGUGCUGCGGGAGGAGAGGCCCGCGGGCCCCAGGUUCAGGUUCAUCCUGCUGAGCGGCAAGUUUGUCCGCCAGGACCAGGAGCAGCAUUUGUACUUCCUGGAGGAGGCGCGCAAGAUCAAGGGCAGGACGGAGACCAGUACGUUGAACGUGGAGCGGAAGUACCCAGAGCAAUGGCAGGCGCUGGUCCUUCGGCCCGGCGGCAUCAUCACGCACGGCAUGGUAGGAGGCGGCGUGAUGGGUGCCUUGUUGAGCGUCAAUUGGGUAAUCAAGAUCGACGAGCUGGCGGCGUACAUGGCUGAGGUCGCUGCGUCUGGCGAAGGCGAGGAUACGAUGAUUGAGAAUGCACACAUCGUCGCCCGCGGGAAGAAAUUACUGGAGGCAUCUGCCACCUCGACGAAGCCUCAGGGGACGGACCAUGCCGGCACCAGUUGGAUGAAGGGAUCGAUGACCAUUCAAUGAAUUUGACUCUGCAAAAAAAUAAAUUUUCUC